ACAUCUUCCCUUCAUCGCCCUUUUUGGAACCUCGCCUUUCCUUAUUACGCUUGUUUUCUACUCAUCGCAAAUAUGGAGGUUCUCUUGGGCAUCACCGGCAAGGACUUCGUCAUUAUGGCCGCAUCCAAGGCCAUAAUGCGAGGUCCGACCAUCAUUAAGGCGGAGGACGACAAGACACGGCAGUUGAACCCGCACACACUCAUGGCCUUCUCCGGAGAGGCUGGAGAUACCGUGCAAUUCGCGGAAUUCAUCCAGGCCAACAUCAAAUUGUACUCGAUGCGCAACGAUACCGAACUCAGUCCCGCCGCCGUUUCGAACUUCGUCCGAGGAGAGCUGGCCCGCAGCUUGCGAUCACGAAGCCCGUACACUGUGAAUCUCCUGUUGGGAGGCCUGGAUCCUGUCACUGAGGAGCCGAGUCUGUACUGGGUGGACUAUCUGGCCUCGUUGGCACCCGUACCAUACGCCGCCCACGGCUACGCCCAAUACUACUGUCUUUCUCUCCUCGACAAGCACCACAACCCUAACAUCUCCUUUGAAGAAGGCAUGAAGCUCCUCGAGAUGUGCACAGAUGAACUCAAGCGCCGCCUACCCAUUGACUACAAGGGUGUUCUGGUGAAGGUAGUGACGAAAGAUGGUGUGCGGGAGGUUCCCUUCGAUAACGAUCGUGUCGCACGGAGUGCUUAAUGGACGACAUGCCAGGGUGUUUGUUGUAUCAUAUCCUAUGACGUUUUGAAUUUGAUUACGGGAUAAACCACACAUGUUUGGCACAACAUGCGCAUCGAAAAAUAGC